GACUCUUACCGGCGCAAUCUACGGCCAGCGAGUACACAGCGGAUAUCGACCUGUGCCGGAGGGGAUCACCUACCUAAUAUGGCCAACCUAGAAAAGGGAGAAUUGGAGCCUUCGCGACUGGCACCUUCCCCUCUUCCUCACAGUACUGAUGCAAUGAGUGGCAUAGGUGUCACGCACGAUGACGGUCCGGACCGGAUGCCAGAUCUUGAGCCUCUCAGUGAGGUUCCCAGCGAAACACAUUCGGCGCCCUGUAGUUGGCCAGAUAACUUCACCCAACCCCCACUUCACCUAUCCGACCGACAAGGCGUGAGAUGGAAAAGAUUCAAAAAUGCCGCAGCGUCCUUCAAACUGAGCCUUGUGCUGGAGAAUAAGGGUAACGUCGCGCGUGAUCACUUGGCAGCCGAGAGAACGUACCUGGCAUACGUCCGCACAAGCUUGGCUUGCGCGAGCGCUGGUGUUGCUCUGGUGCAACUCUUCGCAUUAUCCAGCUCGUCAUCUUCAACUACCACUUCACAAGGAACCACGAACACGCAGAAGUUUGCCCGCCCUCUGGGUGUUACUGUCGUCGUAUUCGGGAUUGCUGUUCUUGUUCUCGGUUUAACUCGCUACUUCACAGUCCAAGCUGCAAUGCUGCGCGGCCGCUUCCCUGUUGCGCGUACCACGAUUACCUUGAUAUCUGUCGCCCUUGCGGCGCUCGUGAGUGUGGUCAUGGGUAUUCUUCUUGCCGAGACGAAGGAAUCGUAGGCUUUUUCGUCUGUGCGGGGGAAGUACUGUGGAGCACUUAGAAUAGUACAGUCCCGGGGCCUUCGUCACUAUACCGAACAUCGAUGUCGCAGUCUUCCGCGCUUCACUUGUGGGCUGGCUCUAUGCCUUGGGAUCACCAAAGACCUGGUGGAAAUUGGCGGGAGGAGCAGGGGGACUGUUUCGUGUCAUGACUAGGAUGCUGGAUAAACUGCAACACUGGUAAUGAAAAUGACACCUAUGCCAUCAUCAUAUCCAGGUGUGGUCUCUUUGGUCCAUGCUAACCUAUCUUGUAUACUGUCUUUUGUUGUCACUGACAUUCCAUCAUGACUCUGUGAUAUAUACAUGUGGUGAAGAUGAAAGUGUUGUCUGCC